AUGCUGCGACACCACAUCGGCCUUCAACGGGUGGCACAAGUGUGGUUCAAGAAUCAACGAGCACUCAGUCUACAAGAAUAUCAAAGUAAAGGACUCCUCGAUAAACACGGAUGCAUUGUGCAAAAAUUCGUCGUCGCUGAGUCACGAAAUGAGGCUGAGAAGAAGCUCGAUGGGAAACAUUUUGAUGAAUACGUGGUGAAAGCGCAAAUUCUGGCCGGUGGACGAGGGAAAGGUCGAUUCGUUGGUGGGCCUAAAGAUCUUGGAGGCGUCUACAUAACGCACAACAAAAAGGCGGCUCUCGAUUCGGUGCCCGAGAUGGUGGGGCGAAAAUUGGUCACAAAACAGACGCCCAAAGCUGGAGUUCUCGUUGAAAAAGUGAUGAUUGCGGAAGGAGUUGAAAUCAAAAGAGAAACGUAUCUUGCUGUUCUGCUUGAUCGCGAUAGCAAUGGACCCGUUGUAGUGGCAAGCCCUGCUGGUGGAGUUGACAUUGAAGAAGUUGCGGAGAAAAAUCCCGAAUUGAUAUUCAAGGAAGUCAUUGACAUUGACGUUGGAUUAACGAACGAACAAGCACUGAGACUGGCGAGAAACUUGGAAUUUAAGGGACCGUUAAUGGAAAUGGCGGCCGACCAAAUCCGAAGACUAUACGAGUUGUGCCUAUCCGUUGAUGCUACUCAAGUUGAAAUCAAUCCAUUUGUAGAAACCGCUGAUGGAAAAGUUUAUUGUGUCGAUGCCAAGAUGACUUUUGAUGAUAGCGCCGAGUUCCGACAGAAGGAAAUUUUCGCGAUGGGUGAUCGUUCAGAUUUAGAUCCACGUGAACUUGAUGCACAUAAGUACAAUCUCAGCUAUAUUCCAAUGGAUGGAAAUAUUGCUUGUCUAGUUAAUGGCGCUGGUUUGGCGAUGGCAACGAUGGAUAUAAUUUUUCAACACGGAGGAAAGCCGGCCAAUUUCUUAGAUGUGGGAGGUGCUGUGACGGAAGAAGGUGUAUUUCAAGCGUUUAGAAUUAUUACUUCAGAUCCCCAGGUGAAAUGUGUGUUGGUCAACAUUUUUGGUGGAAUCGUUAACUGUGCGACGAUAGCUCGAGGGAUUGUUGCUGCUAGCCGUCGAAUCACACUCACCGUCCCAUUGGUUGUGCGCCUAGAAGGAACAAAUGUUGACGAGGCAAGACGACUGAUAGCUGAGAGUGGACUUCCUGUGAUUUCUGCCAAUGAUCUCAACGAGGCUGCCACCAAAGCAGUGAAGGCGAUAGGU